AUGUCUCUGCUCACCAAUUACGAGGGGCUGCGGCAUCAGAUUGAGAGGCUGGUGCGGGAAAAUGAGGAACUGAAGAAGUUGGUACGGCUCAUUCGGGAGAACCACGAGCUCAAGUCAGCCAUCAAGACCCAGGCAGGCGGUCUGGGGAUCAGCGGGUUCAGCAGUGGGCUCGGAGAGGCGGCCGCCAACCCGGCGCCACGCCAGGGCAACUAUGUCUUUCUGCCCCCAUCCUCGGCAGCAGCCAACCAGCCAGGCCUGGAAGAUGUCGGGAUGGUAGCCCUGGCACCCCUGGCUGACAUGUUGAGCAGCCCGCAGCCCAGCCCUGCAAUGGGCUCCAUCGUGAACCCCCUGACAGGCCAGUUCAGCGCGCUGCUGUCCGGCUCCGUGCCCAUGUCACAGAAUAACCAGCUCAGCAGCCUCCUGGGUAGCCCAAUGGCAGUGCCCCCGGCUAGCACAUUGGCCAGCUCCCUGGGCCUGCCUUCGACCAGCCCCUUGAGCAGCCACCUGACCAGCACAGUGGCAGUGCCCCCAGCAGGCACGCUGACCAGCUCCCUGGGUCUGACAUCCACUGGCCCCCUGACUCCAAGCAGCCCUAUGGCGGUGCCUCCAGCGGGCACGCUGACAACCUCCUUUGGGCUGACUUCGACUGGCCCCCUGACUCCAAGCAGCCCCGUGGCAGUGCCCCCAGCUGGCACACUGACCAGCUCCCUGGGUCUGACUUCCACUGGCCCCCUGACUCCAAGCAGCCCCCUGCUUGCCCCCACGACGGUCCCUCUGGCUGUACCUCAGAACCUGCUGGCCAACCCCAUGGGCAACCUGGUGCUGUCGGAGCCCACGCGAAGGUGCUCCUCUGGGCGCCACCCCUCAGCAGGCUCAGGGCCUGCCGCUCCUUCAAAAGUCCUGAUGUCUGCUGAGCACCCCCGGCCGUCCCAAGACCUGCAGACCCACAGCGUGACAUUUGUGGGGGCACCUAUCCAGACAUCCACCCCCAUCGGCCCCACCAUGGCCUUCUCCUAUGGCGUCUCGGACCCCCAGACCCAGCCCAGUGCCCCCCAGGGGCAGGUAGUCCCUGGCCCUGUCUGUGACUCCUCAAGUGCCUGCUCCACCACCCCUACUCCUGCCCCCCAAGCUGCUGCUGCCAACCACACUUCCUCAAGCACGACCCACAUCGCCCACGCCACCACCCACUCCCCCACACGGGCUUUGCUCACCCUCAACUCCCCAACUCCCACAUCGUCCUCCCCAGCUUCAGUCAACGACGCCCGGGGGUCUCGAACCUCAGAAACAUCACGGAAAAGCAUCCUGGAUCUGGAGCGAAAGCUGGCCCACCGCAAGGCCAGCAAGUUCCCUGACAGCCCCCGAGAGUCAAAGCAGCUGGCCUGGGAGCGGCUGGUGGGGGAGAUUGCCUUCCAGCUGGACCGCAGGAUCCUGUCCAGCAUCUUCCCAGAGCGCGUGCGUCUUUAUGGCUUCACUGUCUCCAACAUUCCCGAGAAGAUCAUCCAGGCUUCCAUGAACCCCAACGACCACAAGCUGGAUGAAGAGCUGUGCCAGACACUCACACAGCGCUACGUGAGCAUCAUGAACCGGCUGCAGAGCCUGGGCUACAACGGGCGGGUGCACCCGGCACUGACCGAGCAGCUGGUGAACACCUAUGGCAUCCUGCGCGAGCGGCCCGAGCUGGCCGCCUCAGAGGGCGGCUCUUACACUGUGGACUUCCUGCAGCGUGUGCUGGUGGAGACCGUGCCCCCCAGCAUGCUCACUGACGCACUGCUGCUGCUCUCCUGCCUUAGCCAGCUGUCACAUGAUGACGGCAAGCCCAUGUUCAUCUGGUGACGCUGGCACGUGGCCGGCCCCACCUGCCCCGUGCCCCGGGUGCAGCCAGUAAAGCUCCCACGGCCACUGGCCGCUGGCCUCUGGGCCCUCGCCGGCACUCUGAUGGUGCUGCUUCCUCUGGGGAGCUCGCCAUUGCUCCCCAGCGCCCAUUGGUCCUGCCUCCCUUGGGGUCCAUGCCCACCCUGGGCUCCCUCCACGAGAGCCUUGAAACUCAGG